AAAAAUUAAUUGAGAAAUUUGAAAGUUGAGGAGGUACAUUAGAGAAAUAAAGUUUACAGAGAGAGAUUAUAUAUAUAAAAUUAGGAAGUGAGUCCUUUGCUCUGCUCCACCUUCGUCGUGGCUCUGUUUUUUCUUUUUCUUUAUUUUUUUCCGGUAACCGUCGUCGUACGUAAAGAAAAAGGACUGAUAUUCCUCCGUUCCGUAUAUGUCUCUUCACAUCAAUAAACAUUACCUCAUCAUCAUCAUCAUUCACAUUCUAUGACACUUUCCCUCCCUUUCUCCCACUCUUUUCCUCUUUCCCGCCGCCCCCGAUGCCCUCUUAUCCUCUCCUCUGCCCCCUCCGAUUCCCUCCUCUUACUCCUUGGUGCCACCGGCUCCGGAAAGUCUUCCCUCUCCAUCGACCUCGCCGCUCGCUUCCCUUCCGAGAUCAUCAAUUCCGACAAAAUGCAGCUCUACAGAGGCCUCGAUAUCACCACUAAUAAGCUCCCCCUCUCCCACCGCCGCGCCGUUCCUCAUCAUCUACUUGGCGAUUACGACCCUCUUGCCGGCGAGGUUUCUCCUGCCGCUUUCCGCUCCCAUGCCUCCGCCGUCAUCUCCGGCGUUAUCUCCCGAGGUAACCUUCCACUAGUCGUUGGCGGCUCCAACUCCUUCAUUCACGCUCUUGUCGCGGCAGACUUCGAUGAUACCCAAGACGUUUUCUGUGGGUCUAGGAAUCGGGUUUCGGCGGAGUUUCGGUACCGGUGCUGCUUUCUGUGGGUCGACGUGUCGUUUCCGGUUUUGAAGCGGUAUUUGUCGAAGCGGGUGGAUGAGAUGUUGGAUGGUGGGAUGUUGGAGGAGUUGGCGCAGUUUUAUGACCCGGAAAUGGCCGAUUUGGAGACACGAGUCGGGCUGAGGAAAGCCAUUGGAGUGCCCGAAUUCGAGGAGUAUUUCCGGCGGCAUCACCCAAAAGGGAGGGAUUACAGAGAGGGGGAUCCGCUGCAGGCGAGUGCAUUUGAAGAGGCGGUAAGGAAAAUAAAAGAGAACACGUGGCAACUGACGAAAAGGCAGUUGUGGAAGAUCGGACGGCUAAGAAGGGCUGGGUGGGACCUGAAGAGAGUGGACGCCACGGCGGCGGUUGUGGCGGUGCUAGCGUCGGAAGCGGCGGAGAAACGGUCAGAAAUAUGGGAGACACAGGUGGUGGAACCAAGCGUAAAGAUUGUGAAGGGCUUCAUUCAGGAGUAGGUUUUCCAGCUUUUUCCAGCUAUGGCAGUUACUAUCUUUUUUUCUUUCCAUUUUGCCCCCCUCUCUCUCUUACAUUUGCUAAAUAGCCCAUUAAAAAAAUUCCAUUUUCCCAGAUGUUUUUGCUAUCAAAUUGAGGGUGAGAACCAU